AUGAUGAGACUACCAUUCUUGAUUCUCCUUUUUAGAACUUGUACCUUGGCUGUGUUGGAUGAAUCAUUGAGCGAAAUCGAGCCGAGCAUAUUGAGCUGCAGAAGUGAACAUGACCUGACUGAUGAAGAAAUACAGCGCGACCGAGCUGCUGGAAACUUUGUUAAUAAUCCUAAAUACAAAGAAUAUAUUCUCUGUAUUUUAAAAAAAGAGGGACUGAUUAAAGAGUCAGGCGGGCUCGAGACCGAAGUCAUUACAAGUAGAUUUCAAGCGGUUGGAAUGACUGACGACCAAUGGGCGCUAAUUUUCAACUGCAGCGCCAAUCAGGCUACACCGGAAGACACUGCGAUGGAAUUUAUUAGUCUGAAAAACAGAGAAGACUACAUCGUCGCAGGUCCUGUUGCACUGGCGGGCGUGGAGUGGGGUCGGACCACGAGUCCCCAAGCUCGGGCUAGCCCGUAA